AAAACCGAGAAGGGUAUUGUUGUUAGGGGGCCACACCAGAGAUCUCUUUUGGGUGAGUCAGCGGAGAAAACUCUCUUUCACUAUUCAGAUCUCACUUUCACGAUCUCCAUCCACGGUUUCUACAUCAUCUCCUACGCCCUCGGCAUCUACCUCCUCAAUCUCCUCAUCGGCUUCUUGUCCCCUCUUGUCGAUCCUGAGCUCGACAACGCAGGAGGAGCUUCUCUCCCUACUCGAGGCUCUGAUGAGUUCAAGCCCUUUAUCCGCCGUCUCCCCGAGUUCAAAUUCUGGUACUCCAUCACUAAAGCCUUCUGCAUAGCUUUUCUAAUGACGUUCUUCUCUGUCUUUGAUGUCCCUGUCUUCUGGCCUAUUCUGCUUUGCUACUGGGUCGUUCUCUUUUUCCUCACCAUGAGACGCCAAAUCUCACACAUGAUCAAGCACAAGUACAUUCCUUUCACCAUCGGUAAACAGAAAUAUAGUGGCCGGAGAUCUUCUGCUGAGUAGCUGUGCUGAUUGAUUCAUUUCAGAUGAUUUAGUUGUAUUUCUUUCAUUUUGCUCUUCCUCUAAUCCCCCAAAGUGCCUCUUCUGUAAAUAUCAUUCGUUUCUACUUCAAACCAAACUCAUUCCUUUUGUAUUUUCGUUUCAUUUGCUGUCUUUUUUUUUUGUUAUCCGAAAGAGUUUAUUUGAUGUUCGGACAGAGCCAUAAUACAAAGGGAGAACAAUGAAAUCAUUUGGUUGUUUA